AAAAAUAAGAGCUAAGAUAUAUCCAAAAAGGUACAAAUUCCCAUGAAUGAAUGUAAUCAUACUGUAUACCUAAAAUGUGCCAAUAAAUUUAAUGAAUAAAAAAUUCUGGAUAUUGAUGAUGGUGAUGAUUUUACAACAUGUAAUUUAUUGCAUGUCAUUAAUGGCACUGAAGUGUGUACUUAAUAUGGUUGAGGCAAGUUUCCAUUGUGUAUCUAUUAUCAUAGAAAAAUGGAAAUAAGGAAUACAUGGAUCUUUUUAAAAGGGUAGAAAUGUAAUAAGUGAAUAUAAUACACAAGAUUCCUUCUAACUAUGAUGGGACAUCAAAUACACUUGUGGAUAUUAUUUUUCCUUUUGUCUCCUUUCUUCUUCAGUGUUACGAAGUUCUUAGAGAUUGGAUAACAGGUGCAAAUUUGAAUCAUUAUGAGCUCUGAGCAUUGUACUUCAUGAUCAUGUAAUAAUUAAAAAUAAGCCUGUCCCUCCAGCACUUAAUUUGAUUAUUGAAAUAUAGUUAGCUUCAUAUCUGUGCUUUCUAUUCCAUUGAUGGAUGCAUCAGGAUGCUCUUAUCUGACUUUUUAUUCAUAGAAACUCUGAGAACUCAAUGCUGUAACUCAAUGCACACCAGGCUUGGAGGUCUGGUCUUGGGAUCUGUACUCACUGGUCAUGACACAACAGUAAAGUACCAUAAACAGGUAAUGGCAGAGGGAGCCCCUUGAUAUGUGAAAGACUCUUACUUCAUCCAAAGAAAAAACAUGACUGCUUUGAUAGCCAUAUGGGGAGAUUUUAAUAUUUGAUGUUUGCACUACAAGAAGUGUGAAGUGUAUGCUCUUAAUUGUGGCAUAUGUACUGCAAAACUCAUUUAAAAUUUGCUUUCCACCCUCUUUGCUUCUACUACUCAUAGAUGCCUUGCUGACAACAGCAGAAGCUGGGCCCCUGUAAACUGUUUCCUAAGCAGUCUACAAGGAUUGUUGAGGUGUCCAGACAAUAUAGAUGCGCAGAAUCUAACAGCUGUGUUAGAAUUCCAUCUCAUGAAAAUCUCAGAGGAUCCAGACCUGCAGCCCAUCAUCUUUGGACUCUUCCUAUCCAUGUACCUGAUCACAGUGCUUGGGAACCUGCUCAUCAUCCUGGCCAUCUGCUCUGCCUCCCACCUCCACAUCCCCAUGUACUUCUUCCUUUCCAAUCUGUCCUUUGUGGAUAUCUGUUUCACCUCCACCACUGUCCCAAAGAUGAUUGUGGGCAUCCUAACUCAGAGCAGAUUCAUCUCUUAUGUGGGCUGUCUGACACAGAUGUCUCUGCUUAUUAUUUUUGGAUGUAUGGAUGACAUGCUUCUGACUAUGAUGGCCUAUGAUAGGUUUGUGGCCAUCUGUCACCCCUUGCAUUACCCAGUCAUUAUGAGCCCUCACAUAUGUAUCUUUCUAGUUUUUGCCUGUGUUUUUCUAAGCCUUUUGGACUUACAGCUGCAUACUUUGAUUGUCUUGAAGUUCAUUUACUUCAAGGAUGUUUCAAUUUCCAACUUCUGCUGUGAACCUGCUCAAAUCCUUAAUCUAGAUUGUAGUGAAAACUUCACCAAAAACAUAAUUACAUAUUUUGUUGGUGCCAUAUUUGGAUUUUUUCCUAUCUUGAUAAUACUAUUCUCUUAUUAUAAAAUCACUUCCUCUAUUUUGAGAGUUCUGUCAUCAGGAGGGAAGUAUAAAGCCUUCUCCACCUGUGGGUCCCACCUGUCAGUUGUUUGCUUAUUUUAUGGCCCAAGCAUUGGGAUUUACCUUGGAUCGGCCAUAGUGCACUCUCCUCAAAAGAGUUUGGUUUCCUCAGUGAUGUACACAGUUGUGACUCCUAUGCUGAAUCCUUUCAUCUAUAGCUUGAGGAACAGGGACAUUAAAGAUGCCCUGAGGAAGCUUCAUAGAAGAAAAGUCUAAUAGCAGAACUUUAUGCCUCCCAUAGAAUAUAGGUAGAAAAAGCAUCAGUCUUAAGUAUAUAGUCUUUUAAGUUCUGCCUCCUAGUCACCUUAUAUUUAUAGUUUGAGGGUUUUAAUUUCUCAUUAUAGUAAAUAGAAUGGCAUUUUAAAGUGGUGUGAAUCAGGAAGUACAUAGACUCCUUAAAAUGAGUACUGGGACUGGGGAUGUUGCUCAGUGGCACUGGGCCCGCCUGGCAAAUGCAAGGCUCUGAGUUCAAUCCCUGGUACAAAAAAAAAUGAGUACUAAGUUUCAGUUGGGGGCUUGAAAGUAUUUAGAUAUGGAUAUGAAUACCAUUAAACUACUGAAUCAUGCAACAAAAAUAAUUCUGUUAACUUUUGUUAUUUAUAUUUUACCACAAUAAAUAAUGAAGAUAAAAAGUAGAUUUUUUUUUUUUAAAGAAGGGAACAAAAAACUAAGUGAAUGUCACAUAGGAGAUUCCUCUUAAAUAGAGCAAGAGAUGAAAAACAGAGAUGGCAUCCACUCUGUUUUCAUCUUGUUCUUCCUCCAUUAAUAUUAAGAAGUUCUUAACAAUUUGGAUAAUAUGGAAAUGCUUUGGCUAUGAGCUCUGUGCAUCAAUCUUUCAAAUUAAUAUAAAACAAUCAGCCUAUGUCCACAGCUUUUUCAUUUUUAGGACCAAUCUACUGUUAUCUAUAUCUGUGUCUUCCCCUCUUAAAAUUGUGUUCUUAAGAAGGUAUCUAUCUGACAUCAUAUUGAUAUAGAGCAUAGGAUCUAUCAAUGAUAUAGGACCUCCAAAAUAAUCCAAAUAGCAUAAAAGAAAUAUUAUAACUCUCCACUUGUGAGAUAUGUAAAAUGCUGAGUUUGUGUUCUUAAAAUCGGAGAAUGAAUUCUAGGAAUAAUGAGGUUAAGAGUGGGAAUAAUUUAUUGCAACAAAGAUAGCUUCUAAGAGAGACAGAAUGAGGACCUAAAAGUGGGCUUUCCACCGACCCUGUUUCUCAAAAGUGCUUUAUCAAGCAAAGCCAUGAGGUGAGGUGGGUUCAAAGUGGAACAAAACUAUAGUCAAGCAAUCAGAUCCAAUUGGAAAAUCACAAGGUGAGUAUGUGGUGAGAAAAAACUAUGAUCAACCAAUAACAUUAUAAGUGUAGUUGCUUAGGUAAUAUUGAUUAAUUGGGGAUCAAAUGGAGAACAGUCAUAUAGCAAGCAUGCAUGGAAUGAAUAAUGAUUUUCUGGAAAGGAAAUGCCCUGGGGGGAUUGGUCCCCAGUUGAGGUGAUUGAUGACUAUAGAAUAUCAAUCACUGCUGUUCAUCUCUAGGGGAAGUAUGUGGGUGUAGUAUUUCUUCAUUUUUGAAUCCUGACCUUUUAGCAAAUGUGCCUCAGUUGUCUUCUGUGCUUAGGUGUGGGCCUGGCCUAACUGCCUUAUAAUAUUUUCUAACUAGCUUAGCUAUCUACAAUAAUAUUUCUAUCAAUCUCAUAGGUAGACCCUGAGCCUUCAUUGGACAACUUGUAGUGGGGGAAACACAUCAGUUAUUCAUUUUCUUGUUCAUGACCCAGUAGAGAUACAAAUUAUCCCAGUAAGCACAGGGCAGUGUUUUCCCCAAAUUUCUAUGAGCUACAUGUUAUAUGUUGCUUAUUUCAUUCAUUCUGCAUGAUCUUCUCUAAGCUGUAUGCUUUCACAAUAUUACUGUCUUACAGAAAAGGAAUGAGGACAUCAUUUCUAUGUAGUAUAUACCAGGUUGGUAGAUUGAACACAGUGAAGCCUUGUUUGAAUUGAUCUGGUUACCGACAUGGGACAUUUUGGCUGUUGAAUCAUAGCUCAUGGUGCUAACGAGGCAGUCAGCCACUCCACAGCCCUGUCACUGCUGGAAAAUAUGUCUUGCUCACUGUGCCUCACUUUGGGAGUUUUGGUAUUUGGUAGUGGGUAGCAGAGGAUGGCAGAUGCUCCAUGUACCACAACAAAGGUAGAUGUGAAUCACAGGAAAAGAUCACAGAAGUGCAUACAUGGUAAUGUUGGAUAGACUACUCCAAUAUAUUUUCACAGUUGACUAUAUCUUUUCCCAUUCUUGUAUCUUCCAACUCAAUCUCAAAAUAAGAAGUAAUUUUAGGGCUUUUAAAAUUCCUACUCAUAAAACUGGAAAGGGUUUAAGAAUAUAAUUCAGGGAUCAAAGACCUAGUUGUUUGACCAGAAACUAUGAAUUGGUUAGAAGAAAUCUGGGGAAAACACUUGCAUCCAUAGGCAAAGGCAAAAACUUCCUGACUAGGGCUCCAGUAGUUCAGGGAAUAAUAUUGAGGAUCAACAAAUGUGACUACAUCACACUUAAAAGCUCUGCACAAUAAAAGAAACAAGAGUCAUGAUAUAAUGUACAGAGUGGGAGAUAAAAUUUGCUAGCUGGUCUUCUGCUACAGAAUUAAUAUCCAGCCUAUAAAAGCAACUCAGAAUUAACUUCAACAUAAAAACCCACAUACCCAGUCAACAAAUAGGCAGAUGAAGAGAUAUUUUCAGAAGUACCAAGGGCCAAUAUUAUAUGAAAAAAUAUUCAACGUAGUUAUACAUUAGUGAAAUGCAAGUGAAAACAAUAUUGAAAUUACAUCACACCCCAGUUAGAAUACAAACACAUUGAGUGCUGGUCAGGAUGUGAGAAAAAGGAACCCUUGCACACUGUUGGUAAGAAUGUAAAGUAGUACAGUCACUAUUGAAAUCAGGAUGGUGAUCAAUCUAAAAGCUAAUACCGAAAAAUAUAUUUGAUCCAAUUAUAUUUCCCAUUGGUAUAUUAAAGUCAGCAUAGUAUAGUGAUAGAUGUGAAACCAUGUUCAGUCCUGCACAAUUCACAAUAUUUAAGCUGUGGAGCCAGUUUAGCUGCCCAUCAACAAAUGAACAGUUAAGGAAAAUGGCGUUCAACAGAUGAAUGGUACACAAUGGGAUAUUAGUCAUAAAGUAGAACAGAAGAUAUUUUGUGGAGGGAAGCAGAUGGAAUUAGAGACCAUCACAUUGAGUGAAACAAGUUAGACUCGUAAAGUUAAAUAUCAUAUGUUUUUCUCUUAUAUGUUUAAGUAAAAUAAAGGAGUGAUGACAGGAUCUGAAUAUGUAGAAUUUAGAAAGGAAGGUAAUCAGGGAGACAGUGGAAAGUAGAGCAAGGAGGCAAAAAUGAAGAUGGGGAUAGAAUAAUCAAAAUAUGUCAUAUGACUAUGUACCAGUAUACCAUAGUAUGACUAUGUAGCAGUAUUUCAUUAUUCUGUAUGGAGGGAGGGUGUGGAAGAAGGUGAAAUGAAAUGGGUCCAGAUUCAAUAUGCGUAUGUACUGAUAGAACCAGAUAAAUGUAAUUAGUAUGUAUCAAAACACAUAGUAAUAAAAAUAUACAGCUCAGAUAUAUCAGUGGUUAAGACCCCUAGACUUCUGCUUAAGUCUUUCUGAUGACUGGGACAUAAUGAAUGAGAUUAAGAUAUCAGACCCACAGAUUAACUUUUCACUUUGAAUCCUGUCAUACUUAUUCCUUUGUCUGGAAUUGUAAGUAAUUAGUGUUUCUGUGAUUCAGUAUGGUCAUCUGAGUAGAUUUCUCAUUGGUACAACUGCAUUGCAGAUGUAAAAGACAGAAUGGAUCCUCCUUCUGUUGUUAAAAUGAUGAAUGUAUAAAAUAAACACAAAAUAAAACUUAUGUCUUAUUAUUAGUGGUAGUAAUGACCAGAUGUAUUUUCAUACAGUUAUAUCAAAAUAUCCAGUUACAUGAAGUUACUGUUUUUCUACUUUACACUUGUACUUAUAUGCUUAUAUAUGGAGACAAAUUACCAACUCUUUCUUAGUCUGAUUCUUGAAGCCUCUCCCUUGUUUGGCACAGAGAACAUAUCAAAAAUUUCAAAAUGAGGGCUGGGGAAUGGGUCACUGGUGGGGCAUUUACCUAGCAGGCUCAGGACUCCAUGUAUAGCACCAAAAGAGAAGAAGAAAAAGUGAAAAUAUUUAUUAAAAACUAAACCACACCUUCUUUAGUUCACAAAUCCUUGAUGUAAUCAGUAUGCUCACAAAACAGUUUUUAGAGUGAUCUAAAUACUCUUUUCCAGUCCUUUUGAGAAUGUCCUGUAGAACUUAAGAAAAGAUUUUCAAAACAAAGGAUAAAAAGGAUAUCAGCUUCCAAGAAAGGCAGCUCAAUUUGAGCGUUUCAGAUAUUUUCAUAUGAAGCUUUGUGUAUUAGGAGAAAAAAAAGAUAAAUAGCUCUUGUUUGAGUUUGUGUCCUGGUCAUGGGCCUAAUGAUUACAUUUAACAGCUCUUUCACUUUCAUGACUCCCCUGGAAGAAACCUCUUUCUCACUGGGCUGUCCAUUUUGGGAUUAUUGCAAGGUCAGAGUGGAGAGUGUGGAUGUCACCACGUACCUCAACCUCAGGAAGGACAGGCCGCAUGUCACCCGCAUUACUUAAUUAUUAAGAACCUGACAGUGUGUCUUUUCCAUUUGUGUGUGUGUGAUUGUGUGUGUAUUUUUUAUUUCCUGCUACCAAAUUUGAUUGAUUUAAUUUACAUUCUUCACAGAUAUGGAAAUUUCCAUUCUCAAGGCUUUAAUCUUGCUUCUUCUGAAACCUUCACCAAUAAUAUACUCAUGGAUUUUGUUGGUGCCAACUCUGGUUCUCCCCCUAUCUCAGGGAUAUGUUUCUCUUCCUAACUUUUUUCCUUCACUGUUCAAAACUCAUGAUUAUAGGAAAAAUAAUGCUUUCUCCACCUGCGAUACAACCUGUUAGUUUGCUUUUUUAAUAGAAUAGUCCCUGGAGUAGACUACUCGGGGUUCAGGUCUUUUGGUGUCUUCCACUCUGGCCACCCGUGUGCAAAAUCCCUUCAUCUGCAGCCUGAGGAACAGAAACAUUAAAAAUUUACCAAAACUCCACAGGAGAACACUCUUGUCUCAGGACUUCGGCAUUCAUUUGGACUUCCAGCAAAAUUAAACAUGUAGAGCUGUAAGUCAUGCCUUCUUGUUCAUAUUAUUGAUAUAGAUGUUAAUUUAUAUUUUGUGAAUUUAUUUUAGAGUGGAUUGGUCAUUGUCAAGGUUGGGA